UAUCAAAGAUAAUUUAAAACAAGAAGUGAAAUUUUUCUUUUUGAAAAUGCCCAGACCUGUGCUAUAUACAUUAAUACGUUUUAUAGUACCAAUGACAUUAAUUAUUGUGUCACUUGUGCGACCGGUUGGAAUAUCUUUUUUAUACCUUUUAAUGUUUUUUAUUUCACCUUGGGUUCUAAAAAAACAGAGUCAUGAGCAGCUUGCUCUUUUAAAUAUAUUUAUUAUAGUUCUUUGUAUUUUAAGUAUAACUAAUCUUAUUGGGCAUGUUUUAAUUAACUUGACCAAUUUUUUUUUUUUUGAGACAAGCGCUAAAACAUCGACUGAUAUUAUUUUUCGUCAAAUUGGUUUUCUAUACUUUAAAGGACUAAGCCUUGGUUCAAUUGCGCACUGGAUUCUUCCAGAUAUCAUUGUAUUUCUAGUAACACUUGUCUCAUUAAUUUUUUUUAAAAUUUUCAAUAAAAAACAGAAAAAGCAAAAUGUAUGGGAUAAUGGCAUCAUAAAAGAAAGUCAGGAACAAACUGGUACUUUAAAGGUAACUGAGAUGAACCGCAUGUUGAUUAUUGUAUAUAUUCGAUCCGUGCUAAGAACAUCUCCUAUUUUUACUCUUAUUGUACUUUACUUUGCUGCAACUUUAAGACCAUCACUACCAGGAAGCUUAUAUUUUCUAAUGUUUAUCAUAGCUGGUACAUAUUGGGCACUUUAUCGUCAAGUCCACCGGGGGAUGUAUUAUCCUUUAAUUUUUAUGGUUGUGGCACUCUUUUUUCAUAUAAUAUUUAUAUGUGCCUAUCAAUUACCCAUUUUACAAGAAUCUAUUCAUAUUAACUCAAUAUGGACAAGAGUUAUGGGGAUGGAAGUUUUACUUAGCCUUUAUGAUGAAAAUAAGAAUGGAAAAAUUGUUGCAUUGAAUGUAAAAUUGCAUUUGGAUUCUUAUUUAAGCCCAAUAGCUUUAAUGCUGGCGUAUUUUGUGUCCACGCUUAGCCUAUUAGGGCGUUCGCAGUAUGAGCUAACAUUAAAUGCAAUUCGAUUGAAUUUGGAACCGCAUUCCAAUGAUGUUUCUACGCAUACCCAAAAUAUAAAUGGAAAAAACGCGGAAAUAUAUUCCGACGCUGUCCCAUCAAUGCUAGAACAAUUUUUUUACAUGGUCUUUGAUGUAACUUCAAUAAUAUAUAAAAAUAGCUACAUAUUGCUUAAUAUCAUAAUGAUGGUAAAUAUAAAAUUUAAAGAUUAG